AUGAAGCUCAUCAACGCAUUCUCCAUCCUUGCUUCGGCAUCCGUCGCAAUGAGUGCAACAGUCACGGGCUUUGCUGGAGCAGAUUGCACCGGUGCUAUCGUUGCUACAGGCAGCGGCGGGUCUGGUGUUUGCCUGACUCUGGGCGCGUCCUCUGUGAAGUCAAUCAGCUACUCUGGAGUGCCACACUCAAUCCAAUUCUUCGUCUCCGGUGGAGGGCACGACAACUGCACCAAUGGUUCCCAACUCACUCUUGGAGCUGGAUCGGGAUGCGGAACCGCACCUGCUGGAUUUAACUGGGAAAGUGUUGCCAUUUCAUAA